AGGCUUAACCUACAGCUCCUGUUUCCAGAGACAACAGNACUUCUUCAGAUAUUCAUGUCCAAUCACACUGGAUCCAAACACAGCAUUUAAACAUCUGUUACUGUCAGAGGAGAACAGAAAGGUGACAUUUAUGGAACGACCUCAGUCUUAUUCUGAUCAUCCAGACAGAUUUACUGAUUGUAGUCAGGUUCUGAGUAGAGAGAGUCUGACUGGACGUUGUUACUGGGAGGUGGAGUGGAGAGGAUCAUAUGUUUAUGUAGCAGUUACAGACAAGAACAUCAGCAGAUCUGGAUGUGAAAGUAGAUUUGGUUCUAAUAACAAAUCUUGGGCAUUAGUUUGUUCUCCAAACAGAUUCUCAUUUCUCCACAACAGCAUUCAAACCUCCAUCUCAGCUCCUGGUUCCUCCAGAAUAGGAGUGUACCUGGACCACAGAGCAGGUGUUCUGUCCUUCUACAGCGUCUCUGAAAGAAUGACUCUCCUCCACAGAGUCCAGACCACAUUCACUCAGAACCUCCAUGCUGGACUGUUGUGGUGUGAUGGAUCCACAGCAGAGUUCUGUAAAGUCAAAUAGUUCCUGAAAGAAGUGAAAUGUUUGUUUUAGUGAUUUCUCUGCUUUCCAUCAUUUUGAACUAAACUUUGUUUGUAGUCAGAACUAAAGAGAGAAAUGAAACAUCUCAAGAAUGUGGAUUGAAGACAUUUCUGAAGAUGAAUCUCAAACUUUUUGGAGGAAAAUCUGUUUCCUUGUUGUUUCUUUGAACUUUGGGUUUGAAUGUUUGAAUUCUAAUGUUUUUGUGUUGUUGUCGUGUGAACUGAAGGAAGCAGCAACACAACUGGAACCAGUGAGUCACAAUCAAAGACUUUCUCUGUGUUUGUUCUACACAGAAACUACAAGAAACUGAAGGAGAAGAUUGUGUUUGUAGAGAGAAGAACAUUUACAACUUUGUUUUCUUCCUUUUUGCUUCAUUGAACAACUUUGGAUUGAAGAUUUGUGUUUUAUUUCUCUGUUCUUCAGAGAAAAGUUGUUUCUGAUCAUUUGACAAUAAAAACAUUCGGAUUCUUUUGUCUUCA